UUCCUGCUGUUAGAAUAAAGCAAUUACAAGACAAGCAAUGGAAAACUCAAGAUAUAUCAUUUUUGUUCUUGUCUGUGUUAUCUUAAGGAUCGAAGCAGUACCAGAGUAUCGAAGAGUGGUAGGACACUUUGGAGAUGCUAUAAGGGCCUACGAGGAUGUGAUGAUUGACGAGGAAGACGAACUUAUAAUAGCAACCGUCGCCAAGGUUACAUCCAAGAAAGUCACGCCAUCUAUUGCGUUCCAUGACUUUUCUGUGGGAUACAGUGUCAUUAAACUUGUUGAGAAAGGCGUUUGUUACAUAGAGAAAACUAGGCAUUCAAUGGAAUACUUGAAGGAUAUUCUUUACCAAGCAGAAAGAGACAAUGGUGACUAUGAAAUCAGGCAGACAUUCAAGUGCACGUCAAAGACGUUUGUAGAACCGUCAGAGGUGGAAAUGUACGGAGAACGGAUAGCUGCCUUCUGUAAAGAUUACGAGUCGGUGUUUGUUGAGAAAGACUACACAAUGCGUAGUAAGAGAGCAACCCAAGCGUUUGAAGAACAGAGUUUGUGGUGCUUCAUUUGCAAAGGAAGUUGCAACGACAAUCCUCCUCCUGAAAAAACUUUGAAAUAAACAUACACCGACAGCCGACAGAUAAUCAAUAAUUAGAAAAAAUAACAAUGUUACCUUUCUAUCUUCAUUAUCAAUAUCAUGCAAUAUUUUAUCGUAAUUAAAUAGCUAAAUAGUGUUUUUUACAUGCAUUUUUGUCAGCUUGUUACCAAGCAAUAACACAACAAACUCGAAAUUGUUAAAUAUGUUUGUUGAAAAGUCAUUGAAGACAAAUAUAUAAGAAAUGUGUGUGCACAUCUCCAAUAGACAGACCUAUGGUAACUUGUCCAUGACAGUUAUGUUUUGGUCCAAAGAAGAAAUAUUGUGUUUUAUUAUAUACUUAUAAAUGAAAUAUUGAGAAAUAUUGAUGAAAUAAAUUGCGUAUUUUUAUUUCCAUUAUUUCCACUGUAAAAAUUUAUUUUUCACUGCAGUGAAACAUAUUUUCCGUAUUUUCACUGGUGUCUUGCCGGACUACUUUCUUUUAAAUUCUGCCAGUACACAAAAUUUAAGGGAAAGUCUUUCAAAUUUUAUCGCAAAAAAAGAGAAAAUGUAUAU